AUGAGUCAACAAAAUAAAGGUGUCCAAAUAUCCGGCGCGGAGGUCGCCCAGCACAACAAUAAAGAUUCAUGUUGGAUUGCUGUCCGGGGUAAAGUCUAUGACGUGACCGAUUUCCUUGAGGAACAUCCAGGUGGUGCCCGUUUACUCCUCAAGUGCGCUGGCCGUGAUGCCACAGAAGACUACGACGCCAUUCAUCCUGCCCAACUCAUAGAAGAAUCUCUCCCAGAUUCAGCAUUCAAAGGAACAGUAGACCCAUCAGAACUCGACCGACCGAAACUAGCAGACAAAUCAGUUAGAAAUGCACAAAAAGAAGGCAAGAAAGAUCCCGAUAGUCCACCUCCCUUGAGCGCAAUGCUCAAUGUCCGGGACUUCGAAAAAGUGGCCGAACGCCAUUUAGCAGAAAAUUCAUGGGCUUACUAUACUGCUGGCGCGGAUGAUGAGUACUCCAAGGCCGAAGCUGAGCUUGCAUACCGCAAGGUUCUCUUUCGGCCGCGCAUACUUCGAAACGUCGGCAGGGUCGAUACACGUACACAAAUCUUGGGUCAAGAUGUUUCGUUGCCCAUAUAUAUUUCUGCUGUGGGUAUUGCGAAAUUUGCACAUCCUCAGGGUGAAUGUACGCUAGCAGCUGCGGCCGGCCGUGAAGGGAUUGCACAACUAGUUGCGACACGGUCAAGUAUGUCAAUCGAGUCGAUUAUGAAGGCACGAACUGGUGGACCGCAACAGCCGAUUUUCUUUCAGUUGUAUAUGCACAAAGACGCGAAGAUAUCGGAUGCUACUAUACUUAAGGCUGUCAAGGCAGGUGUCAAGGGCAUCUGGUUGACUGUUGAUUCUCCUGUUACUGGAAAGAGAGAAAGGGACGAGCGGCUUAAAGCAAAUGUCGACGUCGGCGAACAAAACGACAAGAUCGGUGGCAAAGGCAAGCCUGUGCAAGGUGUUGCCAAAACCCUAUCCAGCACAGUCUCCCCUUAUCUUGACUGGGAUACGAUAUCCUACAUCCGAAAACUCACAAACCUACCUCUUGUGAUUAAGGGUAUUCAAUCCGUCGAAGACGCCAUUCUAGCUCAUAAACACAAAGUCAACGGCAUCGUAAUCUCGAAUCACGGUGGUAGAUCCCAAGACACCGCCCAGGCACCUUUACUUACUCUUUUGGAGAUCAACAAAUAUGCUCCCCAAAUUAUCACAGAUAAGAAGAUGCAGAUAUUCAUCGAUGGGGGCGUCCGGCGCGGAACGGACGUCGUCAAAGCUCUUGCAUUGGGGGCUACGGCGGUUGGAAUGGGUCGACCAUUUUUGUAUAGUAUGAGCUCCGGAUAUGGCGAAGCAGGCACACGACGGAUGAUUGAAAUCAUGCGUGAAGAGAUUGAGCAGAAUAUGGCUCUUGUUGGGGCCACUAAGAUAUCGGAACUGAGGAGGGAAUUACUCAAUACUUCUCGACUAGAGAGAGAUCUGACAACUUUUAUAGCGAAGUUGUGAACAUAUGAAAUUUUAGAUACAUUUGUUU